GUCACCUCCAUGUUUUCUCUCCAUGGCUCUGCAGACUGAUCUUUGAACCUGAUCAACCUCCGAUAGUCCUGAUUGAUCACUCAGACCUCAUCAGGCUGCUGCUCCAUAAAUAUAAUUCAAUCACACUGUAGGGAAACCUGAACACACCAUGACAUGGAUCUGAUUCUGGACCGAGAACAAACUCCACAGACUCCUCAAUAGCGGAUUUAUUUACUGGAGAACAAGCAGCACUCAAAACAGCAGAUAUGUUUCACUUAAUAUCUUUAAUUAUGUGCGUUUUAGUUUUUAUUCCAAGGGCUCAGAGUAUAAACGUGACUGACCAGGCUGGACAAGUAUUUCUAGAGAAUAUUUUAGAAUAUUAUGGGCAGAAUAACUCAAUUUCGCUGGAUAAUCUGGAUAAUUUACUGCAGUUAAUCUCAGACGGAAAAUCUCAGGCAAUAACUGAAGAUGGUCCACUGGCAGACCAGGAGUGUCCCUCAGCCGAGCAGAUCUUGUCCCACUUUGGGUUCAGUAAUGUCAGUCAUCUGACUGCGGGACAUCUGGAGAGGAUCUGCCCCGCGGUGUUGACCCAGGUGCUGCUGCCCUCCUGCCCCUUCACCACCACCAAAACUCCGCAGCCCCUCGACUACUCUGUGUGGGGUUACGGGUUUCUGUCGGUCACUUUGAUCAACCUGGCGUCGCUGCUCGGUCUCUUCCUGAUCCCCUUCACCAAGAAGUCUUAUUUCCCCAAAGUGCUGACCUACUUCAUCGGCCUCGCCAUCGGCACGCUCUUCUCCAACGCUGUGCUUCAGCUCAUACCAGAGGCUCUGGGCUUUGAUCCCAAAACGGAUAACUAUGUGGAGAAUGCAAUUGGAAUAUUUGGAGGGUUUUACCUCUUGUUCUUCAUGGAGAAGAUACUGAAAAUGGCUCUCGGGGUCAACGGUGAGCAUGGCCACAGCCACUUCGCUCCUCCAGAGCGGCCUCAAGAAAACUCCCUCCAAAACGGAGACUUAGUGGAGAAGAAGGACUCCAUCGUUUUGACGAACAUCAACACCAUCGCCACAGACAAGAGCAGCCCGAACCCGGAACGGAACGUGACACCUACUCAGGACGUCCAGGUGUCCCGUGUGAUGUGCCACUGGCUGCGUGGCAAACAAAUCUCAGGCAUCAAGACAGUGGCGUGGAUGAUCACGCUGAGCGACGCGCUGCACAACUUCAUCGAUGGUCUGGCCAUCGGCGCCUCGUUCACCGUGUCGGUACUGACCGGGUUCAGCACGUCCACCGCCAUCGUGUGUGAGGAGUUUCCCCACGAGUUGGGUGACUUUGUUAUCCUGCUGAAUUCUGGUAUGAGCGUUCCUCAGGCCAUUUUCUUCAACCUGCUGUCGGCGGUGUCGUGUUACGUCGGUCUUGCCUUCGGCAUCCUGCUCGGGAGCAACUUUGCUCCCAAUGCAAUCUUUGCAAUUGCCGGAGGAAUGUUCCUGUACAUUGCACUGGCAGACAUGUUUCCAGAGAUGGACAACAUAUUACGGGAACAGGAGCGGACUUCCGACAAGAUCAUCUUCUUCAUGAUCCAGAACGCAGGGCUGCUGACCGGGUUCACCAUCAUUCUGCUGAUCACCAUGUUUGCUGGGGAGAUAAACCUGGGCUAGAAGGGAGAGAGACAGAGAAACAAAAACUGGAAAGAAAAAAAUAUAUUUUUUAAAUGAGCUGCUUCUAUUUCUGCUCACUUAGCUGGGCGGGAAAGUGAACAUAAAGUGAAUGUUUUGUACAAACAAAACCAAAAUGUUUAAAGAAAAAACAAUGCUUUUAUAGCUUUUGACUAUCAAGGUAGUGAAAAGUUUACACCAUUUAAAAAAAGGGAAAAUCUUUACAAUCAUUUGAUAUGUGAUUUUAAUCAAGUUGUGUAUUUCAGGAGACAAUAAAUUAUUUUUUCAGUCUU